GAAAUAUGGUAGUUUGGCUAUUUCAGCUUUAAGUAUGAUCAAACAUUGAUCUAUAUGUUUCAGAAUGUAUGUCAUAACACACACUGAAUUAUUAGAUGUACUUUCAUUACCAUAUUUGCAAAUUCAGAUAAGUUUAGAAAUGGUUUCUCAAACAGUUCAAGUGGUAAUAAUAGGAUUAAUCGCCACCUUAGUCCACCUUAGUCCAAUCCUUAGUCAAGAGGGAACCAAACCAUGUCUCUUCAAAUUGGACUCUCAGUAUGGUGGAACAAAAAGCAAUUGUUCCAGUAUUGGAAUUUCAAGAGUUCCUGGUAAUCUACCCAGAAAUACUACAACUCUAGACCUGACUUUUAACCAUAUUGAAAUUCUACGUAACAAUGAUUUCCGGAAUUUAACCCAUCUACGAUAUCUUGAUAUAAGUUUUAAUCCCAUCAAUACUCUAGAAGUAUGGGCGUUUAAUGGACUUGCAUCAUUAUUGGUAUUAGAAGUCAAUGGCCACGAGUUGAAUUAUACCAAUUACUCCUCCAUACCUUCAGAUGUUUUUUCACCUCUUCAAUCACUGAUUACUCUAAGCUUCAGAUCAAAUGUAUCACGAUUUCCAAAUCGCGAUUUUGAUUUACGAGAUGGCGUUUUUGGACCCCUAAAAAGAUUAAAACAUUUAAACAUGGACACAAGCUCGGGAGCAAUAUUUAAAUCGGGAUUUGCCAAUUUAACAGAACUUCAGGAACUUGUCAUUGGCGAGACCUGGAAACAUGGCAAACGGAUUGAUUGUGGAUUAUCUGUGAUAAGAAAUAACACAUUUGAAAUAUUUGCCAGCAUCCCUGUUCAAUUAGUACAAUUAAACAGCUGCAGAUUCGAAAGUUUUGAUGAAAAUUUUCUUCGCCCUUUUCCCAGUUUGAAGAUAUUUCUGUUCAAUAAUGUUGAUGUGGGGAGUAGUAACUUGUCACAGGUGAUUAAUGUUCUUCGGGUGUUUGAAUAUAAAAAUAUUACUGAAAUCGGCCUUCGAAGUAUCAAAACUCUUUUACCAUACAUUGGUUUUAAUCGAAGGAUCGAUCUCCAUGUCCUGUCCAAGAUAUGUGUUAAUGAUUUGGACGUUAGUGAUAAUUCUGUAAAUUCUGUGGAUUUUGAUGUAAUAUUUACGUAUCCAAAACCCCGUCCACCGCUAUCAAAUUGUUUAAAACGGCUUAACAUUGCGAAAAAUCGUAUUUCAGGUACAGUAAGUAAGAAGGCGUUUCCUUUCUUUAUGUUGAACGUGCCCAACAUAGAAAAAGUUGACUUAUCAGAUCAAAGAAUAUUCUCCUUUGAUAAAUACGUCACCAGAUCCCGACACAGAUCUCAUAGGCAUGGCAAUUUCGAUCGCGACAUAAAUAUUGUUGGUUCCCAAAAAUUGAGAUAUUUUAAUAUGGGCGGAUUACCACAUGAGCUUGGACCAUUGACAGUUAAUGUUCAUGUUUUGGAGACUGAAAAUUUAAAGUACUUUAAUAUAUCGUACUGCGGACUGAGCAAUUUACAACAUAAAAUAACUGGACUGGAAAAUCUGGAAGUUUUGGAUGUAAGUGGCAAUGAUUUAAGUAUUAUUAAUGACACGAUUAUGGAUACGUUCCCUAAUUUGACCCAACUUUACAUAAGUAACUCUUUUAUAACCAAUGAUUUUAUUAUCCAAAACGGUACCCGAUUUCUAAGACCUUUGGAAAAAUUGGAACUCUUAGACAUAUCUAAUAAUGGCCUUGUGAUUUUACCAAAAGAUAUAUUUAAAUCCCGGGUUACGUUAAAAACCAUUAAUUUAUCGGGUAAUAAGCUGGUGGCCAUUCCAGAUCUGCUUCUCCUGGUAAAGCUCGAAUCCGUGUAUCUUAAUCACAAUUCCUUAACUACGAUACCCAGGCAAAACAGACAUAUGUUGGAUAAAACAACCGCGGUAAACACCAAACUUCAUUUAUAUAUGAUGGGAAACACAUUCAUUUGUACCUGUGAUUCGAUUUCAUUUUUGCUGUGGUUAGACGAAACGAAAGUGAAACUAGACGGAAGGAAUUAUUCGUGUUUGGAAUCCACAGGACAGAUGACCUUUACCAACGCUGUUUAUAAAAGAUGGCCGUCAUUUCAUAGGCAGUGCAUUUCAUCAUUAUUGCUCAAUUAUACUAUUGGCGGAUUAAGCAUCACAAUCAUUAGUCUCAUCACAGCUUUCGUUUUCUUCAAAAACAAGAUGAAGCUAAUGUUGAUUCUUCUAAGGAUGGUCGGACAGCAUAUUUAUCCCAGGAAAAGGGGAGACUUUGUGUACGACGCAUUUAUAAUUUACACGGAUUCUAUCUCAUGUUGGGUUUGCAAUCAACUACGAACUGAACUGGAAACGAAUCGUGGAAUCGAACUGAACCUACGGGAUAGAGAUCACAUACCUGGUGGUUCUAUGGCCGAUGAUCUGCUGGAAGCGAUGAGACACAGUUGGAAGAUCGUUUUGAUUCUAACAGAAGAUUUCUUAAGGAGUAACCUGGCUUAUUUCACCAUGUGUAAUUGCUUAUCAUCGAUUACCCUAACGACACCACAUCGAUUAAUCAUAAUAAUCGAUCAUCAGAUGAAUAUACCCACCAAUAUCGAUUUCUUACUGGAAGCUGUUUCUGAAGAUAACAUUCUCUAUGUUAAUCUGCAGAAUGGAUUAACUGAUGAAUUCUGGGAAAAAUUAGCUAAGAACAUCAAAUCUAAAGAAAACGUGGCUUAAUAGCCGUUAUAAAUGCUUAAUUAUGCGAAAAAUAAAAUUGACCUGCGAGGGGCCAUGGAAUUCUAAGAACUUUCAAUUUACAAAUGUACGCCCGGCCUUGUGAAACGUGUUGCCAUAACCAUUCAUGAUUCAGUUAGCACGGACAAUGACGUCAUCUUACGUUUGCUACGUCAUGUGGAAUAUUAAUGAACAAAGGAUUUGUGUCCCUCUGAAAUGAUUGCUAUAAUAAAAAUAUUAACAGA